GCGUUGAUAAGCUCCGCUGGAAGCAUGCAAAUCCUCUCGCUGUUCCUCCUCUGUUUAGAAUCGACCCUCGACUCACCGCGUCCCUUCACAAUGACUACAUCAUCGCGUCGGGAGUCCAGCGACGAUUUGGAGGUUGAAAUGACGUCCCGCAAGGAGAAAAGUCUCGGUUUAUUAUGUCAAAGGUUUCUUAUUGCAAUGAACGAGGAGACACGUAUGUCAUCAAGCAGAGAAGUGCAUUUGGAGACAGUGGCACGGAAAAUGAAUGUUGAGAAACGUCGGAUAUACGACAUCGUUAACGUGAUGGAAGCGUUGGAUGCUAUGAGCAAAACUAACAAGUCCUACUACCGAUGGCAUGGACUGGAAGGUUUACCGAAACUCAUGGCCGACCUUCAGAAAGAAGCCAUAGAUGAACAUCUACCAGAGCGAGUCCUCCGCGUUGAACAGGCCAUGUGCUCAUUUACGGAGCUUUCACCCGGCAGCCGAAAGAUUGGCGCCAAAGAGAUCGUUGGUGAGUUCGUAAAAAUAGCGUUCACAUAUGGAACUGGAACAGGUGGUGAAAAACGUACUCGGGUAGAAGGUCGUGAUCGACAAGGCCGAAACUCCCUUGCACAACUCUGCAGACGUUUCCUUAUGGUGCUACUGAGUAAUCCGAAAAACACAAGACGAGUAAGCCUGGAUGUUGCUAGCACUGUACUUAUCAAGGAUCCUGACACGGAAGGAUUUGAACCGCCUAGUCGAAGUCGCUGCCGAAGGCUCUACGAUAUCGCAAAUGUACUGGUCGCGCUGGGUCUCAUCAAAAAAGUUCACUAUCUCUUUGGAACCAAGAAAAUUCCACUGUUCGUGUACUGUGGUCCCGAGCCUGACGAGAACUCCACGUUUGACGUGAACGCAUUGGCGGUAGCAUUUCUAGUAGCCGAAAAAUCCUCGUACGAAACUUUUGAAAAACUCAAGUCGUGCAUUUUGAAAUUGAAUUCGUGUACUUCUAGCCCUUUGUUCCCCGAGAUUCGAAACAUGAGAGUAAGGAAUCUUCCAAAUUUCCCUGGCAAAAAUGGAAGCAAUUUUUUAUCUUACUUGAGGUGGAUUUGCGUGUGA